AUGUUCGACCAGUUCGAAAAGGCCAAUGUUCAGUUUUUUGCGGCGCGCGCCAGAAAAGAGCCCAAUGUGCCCAGCGCGCUUACCCGGGAGAAAUUCGACCUGGCGGAAAAUGAGAUCACAUGCUGGGAUGGAUAUGAAAAAACCCCGCUGGUUCCACUCGACGGGCUGAGCAGGGCGCUCGAUCUGGGGAGCAUACACUACAAGAACGAAGGCCCACGCUUCGGACUGGGAAGUUUCAAGGCGCUUGGUGGCGCUUACGCGGUGAUGCUUCUUCUUCAGCGCGAGAUUGCCAAAUCCAGUGGCAAGCCCGUAAGCCUUGCCGAAAUCCGCAAGAAAACAUUCGCGGAACAGGCCGCCGCUCUGACCGUGAUUUCAGCCACGGAUGGAAACCAUGGCCGUUCGGUAGCCUGGGGUGCUGCCCGCUUCGGUGCCCGUUGCCGCAUCUAUAUACAUGCGGAAGUGAGUGAAUACCGUGCCCAGACAAUUCGCAUGCUGGGCGCAGAGGUUAUCCGCCUGGACGGAGAUUACGAUGCAGCGGUCGCCCAAACGCGGGUGGAUGCCGAAAAACACGGUUGGCACAUUGUUUCUGAUACUUCGUGGGAGGGAUACACCCAGACACCCACGGAAGUCAUGGCCGGUUAUGGAGUAAUGGCGCGCGAAGUCGUGCGGGACCUGCCAACUGCGCCGACACAUGUUUUCCUUCAAGGGGGCGUUGGCGGACUGGCAGCUGCCGUAAGCAAAUCUUUUCACGACGCCUGGGGCGCGGACGCUCCCCGUAUUUUCCUGGUUGAACCAGAACUCGCACCUUGCCUGUAUGCGAGCGCUGCAGCCGGGGCCAUGACUGCCGUGGACAUCGAGGCAGAAACGAUUAUGGCGGGCCUGUCAUGCGGUGUGCCUUCCGCGGUCGCCUGGCCGGUCUUGUCUGCUCUGGUCAGCGGCUUCGUCACGAUCCCUGAACACGUGGUCGCACCGGCGGUUCGCAUGCUUGCCAACGGGAAUGCAACGAACCACCGCAUAGAGGCUGGUGAAAGCGCGGUCGCCGGACUUUGCGGUUUGAUCUGCGCUGCAACGCAGCGCGAUUUGCGCGACGCAAUGGUGUUGAACGAAGAUGCGCGCAUCGUACUGAUCGGCUCGGAAGGUGUAACCGAUCCAACGGUCUUCAACCGACUGCUGGCAGAUGCCAAGUAA